UCCCAUCCAGAACUGCUCAGACUGGUUGCGAACACGAAUGAAACUGGACACCACCAGCGCCGUUCCAUCCCCAUUUCUUGUUUUCGAAUGAUUUUCCCUACCUGUCGAGUUCAGUGUUGUUUGGCGAAAGGGUGAAAAUUUUGCGCUGUUUGAUGUGAUCAUAAUAGUUUCGGACCAUUGGAAUGUGCUUGAUUCCCAAGAGAAACCAGAUCUGGUAAUCGUGAAACGAGAGUAAAGUUUGGAUGAAAGUUUAACAAUGAAGACGUCUUCCAUCGGGUCGCAAAUCGAGGUGUAAAGCGAGUGUUGCAAAUAGAUUUAGAAAUGUAUUUUUGUUGAAGAAUUAGCUGUGAUGUUGUUUUACUGCUUGUUAUGAUAAGUGCAAACCAAGGAUAGUUGUUUUGUUCGUGAUUAGAUUCCGAAUAGUUGAACUAGUGUUGCUGUGUAGCAAAGCGGGUGCGAAUUAUUCAUAAGAGCAGAAACAAAAUGGCAAUAUCGGAACAACGAAUCAGCCAAUCCAAAAGCAUACAGGAGCACUUUCACGCCUCCGGCAGCCUGUUACUCAUGCUCGUCCUUGGUCUGGUUCUCAAUCCUCGUUCCACCUCAGCCCGCCCCAAGCAUGGCACGUACGAAUCACGCUACAUCAACGACUUCAUAAACUUCACCCGGCCGGCGGCAGAUAUCGUGGAACCAAUCUAUUACGACUACGAGACCAACCCGUCCCGGAGCGCUUUCAACCAGGAGUAUGAAAACGGAGGGCUCGCCGGACUUGGGCUCGGGGUGCCAUUACCUGUGCGGGAGGAACAUAGCAGCAGCAGCAGCAGUAGCAGUUCGCCUGAGGAUGAAAUUACACGUCCCCCCGACAUUUACCCCGAUCCAGAUCAAAUCUACGCUACAUUUCUGAACAAGAGCGCGAUGAAGCGCAACCGAUAUCCUGGGGAGGACAACGUGAUCAAAGUUUAUUCCUCCAAAUCCCUGAGAAAAAAUCCGCAAGCCCGCAUGGACGAUGACAAUUCGUUCGACAGCCUGAAUAACGACAUGAAGGGCCACGACUUCAUCGAUAACAUAAUGUACAUCUACUACGGCACGAACGGGACGCUGCGAAAGGAUUUCGGUGGCAACGUCAUUGUGAUAGGUGCCGUAUUCGCACUGGCACCACAGAUACUAACAGCAAUAAUACUGUUCCUGCGAAACCGCCGCAUGAGACAUUUCAACGCGUUUUAUCCGAUCUGUUUGAAUUUGCUGCUGAUGCUGGCGGCGUCCAACUUUUCGUUUAUUUUGGGUGUCCAAGCGACUCGAAACGCAGUCAAGUGCGAGAUGAUAGCGAUCCUGCUGCACUAUUUGCACUUGAGUACCAGCAUUUGGUGUUUCAUCUACAUCUACGUCAUCUACGAUCUUAUCGUGAACGAGUCCUCACCUAAGCUGAAGUACAACUAUCUGAUGGGUUACGGCGUGCCGGCGGUUUACAUUUUGUUUUCGUAUGCGUCGUCGAUUGAUACCUUCGAGGUGCACCGCUACUGCUGGAUGUCCAUCCAGAAAGGAAUGAUAGUCAGCUUCAUGAUUCCAAUCUCGUUCCUCAUCAUCCUGACGACGAUCCUUGGGACAGUCAGCCUCAAGAGGAUCUCCAGUAAACAAACCGAAAUGCUGUGCGAGAGCAUCGAAAGCAUAAUUGAGACCACGUCCAAGUGUGCCGACUUCAUGUAUCCGAGGAUACCCUCAGUAGGGACACAUAUGACCAAUCGAAGCAACAGCUACCCACAGCUGGAGUUGAAGGAGAAAUGCUGCCAGGAGUAUGCCAACCACAUGCUGGAGGGUCGACAAUCUAUCAUCACGCUGCCCCAGCAAACAUCGAACUAUACAUUUAACUUCCCCGCUGUGAAGAAGUCUCUCGACUGUUGUGAGGCACGGUUCGAUACAGGUCCGCUAUCGCUGGCGGACCUAUCCACUACCCCUAGUAUGGCGUCCGAUUUACAGGACUACACGGACUUCAAGCGGGCCAUCAAGUUCGGACUGUUCUUCCAGCCGAUAUACUCGAUCUGUUGGUUUCUGAGCGUGAUUGCCCUCGAGAAUGUGCACUCGUGCGUUAUGCCGGUUAUAUUUGCGAUUUGUUUGAAUAUUUUGAAUUGGUGCAUGCUGGUCCGUUCGUCUAAUAUUUGCCCUUUUAUUGGUGCCAUAUCGCCGACGGAAACGCUGGACAAAAGCAUCGUCGAUUGCGGCGACUCCAUAAAUUGCCACAACGGUGCCGAUAACGAUACGACCCAGCCCAGCAUCUGCACCGACACGAUCCCACUUCUGUGCGCGUCGAAUCCGUCGAUCAUCAACACAACCACAACCGUUCUAACGCCAAAUGAGAGCCACCAGAUCGCAUCGUUCACCGGAUCCAACACGCUGCCGUUGAGUCGAAAGUUUUCCAUCGGAUCGGAGCACGACCAGCAGAGCUGCAACUUUAUUAGCAGUAACAACCUGAAGAAUACCUGGGAAUCCAGCGUGGACAUCAGCCACCACGUGAAGGCAAUUGAUUGCAUCAGCACAAUUAGCAACUAAGGCGAGUCGUCGGUGGACCUAAAUUUUGCCAUGUGAUAAGAAAUAGUGUUUCCCUAACCCGGAGACAGUUUUGAGCAGAAAUAGUGUGAAUAAUAUCUACUUGAAACGUAGUAUUCGUUGUCAAUCAUACACGUCAUUUGCAAUACUGUUCCAAAGAAACGUGUGAAAAGUUGUCUCAUACUAGAAAAUUGAUGACAUUUGAAAAAAAAACUCGUGAUGGUUGCUUAUUCAAAACCGAGUAGAACUUGGCAGCACAAACCAGAACAUAAUGCGAGAAAGUAAGAAAAAAUAUGUGAUGAUAUUUGAAAAUGAGAAUAGUUAUUUAAAAUUAUUACAAAUGUUCCCGGAGGGAUUUUGAAGCAUAUAAAAUACCAUGGUAAACUUAGAAAUGAACAUUCAAUUCGAAAACUUCUAUAGAUUACAGUACAAAACCAACUUCAUGUUUCACUAGAAUAAAUGAAGUAAAAGAAUCAUGAAAAUCCCUAACCCAAAAAACCUAAUAGUAAUAUGACCUAAAUCAACACCUAGAGUUCAUCCGUUUCUAUUAAUACACUUGAGAGAUUAAAUCGGAAUCCAACUUCUCCAGUAUUUGAACAUGCUCAAUAGAUCUUCUUACUACAGAACAAUUCCUAGCGCCAGAAUAGCUCUUCAUGAGGUAUAUAUAUACACAAUUUUCAAACCCUACCCAGUUGUUUCAAUCACGACAAACGUUACAUGAUAUUUACUCAAUACAUCAAUACCCAAGAAAAAUAAAACUAGCAAAGAUAA